UUUUUUGGGAUAUUUAUCGUUUUUCCAAAAUUGAAAUUCACUUUCUUUAAAAAAUGGUGUACUGGUAUGCAAAUGAUUUGUAAAUUAUGUUUCUGGGGAAACAUUGACAUAUUGACAUUGUCCCUUGUUAUCAGUAUGUUUUUUGAAAAAGUUCAGAGAUCGAGCUAUUACAUACGCAAUUAUCCACAAAUAUUCAGUGUUGUUUGUUUCUUGGCUCAGAUGUCGGCUUUCAGCCCCGGUUGCCCAAAAGUAGUCCCAGCUUGAAAGAUUGGAAUUAUGAACAAGAUGGCAACCGUAGCAUGACACGCAGGAAAAAACCCAAGCGUAACACAUCACUGCGCAGUGCUUUUGGCUUGAUGCACCGCUCGGCUGUGACACCUAUAGCCAAUCAUGCAUCUGAUCAUGAUAGCACCCCAGAAAGACACACAGACACUGAUGAUGUGCCUGAGAAACAAACAGACACGAGUGAUAAUUCAGAUUGCUCAGAUAAAGAGCCAAAUAAAUCUCAAAGUAUAAAUGACCUUGAACAGUCCCGAAGUGAAUCUUCUUCCCUAUCUUCAUUGACUGAUGAACCUACUGUAAGAGUUCUUAAAAAGCAUGACCAGGACAGUGUGAUUGCAACUAUAGCAGAAGAGGAAGAUACAGGCAGCUUAGAAGGUGAUAUAACCCCUACCAAUAUGCCUCCCCUACAGGCAUGUCCGGUGAAGUUGAGACGGAGGAGUGAUGGGGAUAGAAUAACGCCAACAACACCCCCUCAGAGGGACAGUUUGCCUCCCCCACCCCCUCCACCCUCUAACUUCCACUCUGAUGUUUAUGAUACUGUGUUUGCCUUGCAAUCUCUUGGGGACUCUGGGUGGUCGGAUUAUCUUCAUCGAGUGCGGACAUUAUGGGAUGGGCAUAUUAGCCAACGUUGUACAUCAACAUCAGCGUCUAUGGAGGGAGGCCUUAAUGAACCAACAAAAGACUUCAGAAGAAACAGUCACUAUGACAAUGUGCCAUGUACAGGGGAGAUGGAGAAUGGGGUGUGUCAUGAGAGUGAUGUGGUGUGUCAUGAUGAAGGUGAGAGUGAGGCUGAAGGCUGUGGAAUGUCGGCUUUGGAUCCUCCCCUCUAAUCGCUUGUAGGUGCAUCGUUGUCAUGUAGCAUUGUCCUGUAACGCGUAACGCAUGGCAUGUAGACGCAUGGUGUACUAUCACACUGCAGCAUGGAAUGUGUUUUUCUUCUUUCCUGUGGAGGACAUUUCGGGUUUUCAUACACAUAUUGUAUUUAUUUUUUUACUUUAUGUUGUAAUAAGGGUCUCCUCAAUACAGUGUUGAAAGUGGAUUAUAGUUUGAUGCAUCCUUUAUAAAACCUUAUAAUCAAAUAUAUUUACAUGUUUAAAAAUUACUAAUACAAUAAAUCUGAAAAUAUAUGCUACCGAUAGUAAUAACCAGCUUCAUUUACAGUACAUUGCAGUGGAGUACAGUACAGUAUAGUAUAGUAUUGUAUAAUACAGUAUUAUACCACAAUACAGUACAGUACAUUAUAGUAUAAUACAGUACAGUACAGAAUGUUACAGCACAGUACAAUAUAGUAGUACAUAUUGAAGUGACCCUUUGAUAUAUUUUGUACAUGUAUUUAUAAUUAUUAACAUGUUUAGUAUUUAUAAUUUUUUAAGAGUUAAACCGACAAACUGUUCAUCUUCUGUUUCAAAGAACCCAUUAUUAGACUCAUUUUAUAUGUACUUCCAAUGUCAAAAAGGGAGAAACUGAAUGUACAAUUUAGAUCCCAAGUUGAAAGCGAUGUCCAUCAUGACCAGGUUUCCCGUAUUCAACGAUAUUUUGUAAAUUUUCAAAAAUGGAAAAAGUAAAAACAAUGAAUUUUUAUUAUAUAUUACAGAAUAAAAUAUAUGUAUAUUACUAAACAAAAUCCAAAUAGGUGAAUGUUUGAAUCAAACGGCCAUCACCAUUAUGCCACAUCAAUCAAAAGAGCAAGCCAGAACAGAUCAAGAUAUUUAUCAUCAAAGAUUCAAUAAAUCAAGAAUAUCUUGUUUAAAUUAAAGAAGUUAGUCUCAAAUGAAUACUAGUUCAUGUCUAUAUUAGCCUCAAUGUGUGCUUAUCUGCCUAAAUGUAUAAUCAAUGCAGCUUAUGAAAUAUAUUUCUAUAUUUUUCACAAUUCCUUCUCGUUUUAUGUUUUAGUAUAAAUAAAUGUGUACAUGUAUAUUUGUUAUUAUACUUUGUAUGCUUUUGUCUGAACUGAGUUUGCAUUUUCUCCUAAGUGAAAUAUUAUUUUUAGCUUUACCUCCCUGUUAGCAUUUUAAGUGAGAAUAAAUAUAAUAUGGUCUUUAAAAUUAAAUGGCAUGUGGCUGUAAAAUAAGAAUGAAAAUAACAAGACAGUAUGUUUGUUUUUGACUAGCGUAAGUUGGUUAUCAUCUAAUUCUGAUUCUUGUCUAUAUCUCAUCUUGC